GUGUAUAAAACCAGCUCGUUCCUGGACACAAACAGACACUCCUAACACUUGGAUGUGCAUCUACCACAGCACCUGGCAUUGGAAAGGGACAGUUCUAUGUUGUGUAGCAAAGCUGUGGGUUUGGCUCUUUACCGGUCUCGACGUAAGGACAGGAGUUGCUGGUAGUGAUCAGAAGUGAAAGAGCGGACUUUGAUGAACAGAAAUAUCAGAGGAAUUCAUUCAUAUUAUUCAUCUUGAGGAUUUUGCUCAAAAUAUGGAGGGUGAGUGUUUUUUCGGUAAAACUAUCUGAGCUCAACGAGGAAAAUACACAUUCAUGUGCUGAUGAUUAUAGAAAAAAAUCUGCGAUCCAGUGUGAACCAAAGUUCACCACGCAUCUCUCCUGUCCUCCCAUUCACUCUCCUCUCCUCAGGUCCUCAUCUGACUCGGAGCUGUGAACUAUCUCUGCCCUGCUGUGCAGACGGGGGGUCACUGUCGAGCGCCAAGGCCCCCCAGGUCAGUGGGGUAAGAGUUCAGCUGGAGAUGCAUGCACUUUGGCAGCAGUUUGACCAGCUGGGCACAGAGAUGAUUGUUACCAAAGCUGGAAGGAGGAUGUUUCCAACGUUCCAGGUGCAAAUCUCUGGGAUGGAUCCGGCUGCUGAAUAUGUCCUGCUCAUGGACUUUAUUCCUGUUGAUGAUAAAAGAUACAGAUAUGCGUUCCACAGCUCAUCCUGGUUGGUGGCGGGGCGAGCAGAUGUUGUAGCCCCUAGCAGGAUGCAUUUCCACCCAGACUCGCCUGCCUGUGGAGCUCAGUGGAUGAAGCAGACUGUAUCUUUCGACACUCUCAAGCUCACCAACAACCUGCUGGAUGACAAUGGACAUAUGAUACUGAACUCCAUGCAUCGCUACCAGCCGCGCUUCCACGUGGUGUAUGUGGAUCCAGCUCCCAACAGUCACUUAAAUGCAUACAGGAACUUCUGCUCUUUUUCCUUCCCCGAGACACGCUUCAUGGCCGUCACUGCCUAUCAGAACCACCGGAUCACCCAACUAAAAAUUGCUAGCAAUCCAUUCGCUAAAGGCUUCAGGACGACAGACCCCCAGGACCGGGUGGGUUAUUCUGGACCCCUGACGGUGUGGUGUCCACCAGAGGGCAGAGCUGAGCCUCUCACCACCAAACCUGGAGAACAGAGAUGCUGGGCCUCAAAGACCUUGACAAGACAGGAGGACCCAGCCUCGUUGUUGGUGGAGCAGCAGUGUGGACUGUUCCACCACUGUAAAGACUCUGAGGGACUCACCACGGAGAAGAAAGAUGGCGACAGCAUGUUAGCACCUGCUUCCUUCCUCCCUAUUCCUUCCUACUGGGACUGUCCAGGAUUAUCUCAAGAGAGAGGCAGCCUGACAUAAGGAAAGAGAAGCAAACUGAAGAAGCUUUGAAUUGAAUUUUUUUGACUUACUGCUUGCUUCCUCAUUUGAUGUCAUACAAGUUUGAUUUAUGUUUUAUUUAUUAAUGAUAAAUGCAUAUAGCUUGUGGUCACCCUUACAGAAUUUAAUUUAUUGGGACACUAUCCAUCAAAACCAUAAUAUUCAUGGCAAUAUGAUGGAUGCACUAUAAUGACGCUAUAUGCUAGAUAAUACAACAGCAUACAGGAAAAUACAAUGUAGUACUAUGGGCUGUGAUGACCCUACAAACUCACAGCUGAGAACACAAAACCCUUUAAGUCUCACAUGGCAAUGUCUCAUCUUAAUAUUUGUGCAACUACACCUGUCUGUUGCCUGAAAUAAU